UUUACUUCGGUACUGUCCUUUACCCAAAUACACGUGAGGCUUUUGCAACCCAAACAGCAAGAUGUCUCACUAUAAUUUCAAGAAGUUAACCGUUAUUCCUUCUUCAAAGGACUUUGUUGACAUCGUCCUUUCGAAGACCCAGAGAAAGACACCAACUGUCAUUCACAAGAACUACAAAAUCUCACGGAUACGGCAAUUUUACAUGCGUAAAGUAAAGUUUGCCCAACAGACUUUCCAUGAUAAGCUGUCGAUGAUCCUCACCGAAUUUCCCAAACUUGAGGACAUCCAUCCCUUCUACGCCGACUUGAUGAACGUGCUGUACGACAAGGACCACUACAAGCUGGCCCUGGGACAGAUGAACACAGCGCGACAUCUCAUCGACAAUGUUUCAAAGGACUAUGUCCGACUCAUGAAGUAUGGCGAUACUUUGUACCGAUGCAAGCAACUGAAGAAGGCUGCUUUAGGAAGGAUGUGCACCAUCAUGAAAAGGCAGAAGCAGAGCCUGGAGUACCUGGAGCAGGUGAGGCAGCACCUGUCUCGACUCCCGUCCAUAGACCCCAACACUCGCACCCUCCUCAUCUGCGGCUUCCCCAACGUUGGCAAGUCCAGCUUCAUCAACAAGAUAACAAGAGCUGAUGUGGAAGUCCAGCCCUACGCCUUCACGACCAAGUCCCUGUACGUUGGCCACACCGACUACAAGUACCUCCGCUGGCAGGUGCUGGACACGCCCGGCAUCUUGGACCACUCCCUGGAGGACAGGAACACCAUCGAGAUGCAGGCCAUCACCGCCCUCGCCCACAUCCGCGCCGCCGUGCUGUACGUCAUGGACCUCUCAGAGCAGUGUGGACACUCCCUACAGGAGCAGGUGUCCCUCUUCAACAACAUUAAGCCUUUGUUCGCCAACAAGCCACUGCUGGUUAUAGCAAAUAAGAUCGACGUAGUUCGACUGGAAGAGUUGGAUGCGUCUAAGAAGAAAUUCUUCGAUGAGUUUGAGAGUGAGUCUAUCCCUGUGCUGUCCAUGAGCACGCUGACGGAGGAGGGGGUCAUGGAUGUUCGGGCAGAGGCUUGUGAGAGACUGCUUGCUCAUCGUGUUGAAACAAAACUGAAGACGAAGAAAGUUGCUGAUAUUGCUAACAGACUGCGGGUGGCUUUCCCCUCACAGAGAGACAAGAAGGAGCGGCCUCCAUUCAUCCCUGAGUCGGUUUUAAAGAAGAGAGAAGAAAUGGACACUGAUUCUAAAAAAAAGAAAAAGCUGCUGCGCGAGAUUGAACUUGAAAUGGAAAAUGAGUACAUUGUUGAUUUGAGAAGGGAGUGGGACUUGAAGAAUGAGGAAGAGAAGUACGAUGUGAUGCCGGAGAUCUGGGAGGGCCACAACGUUGCCGACUUCAUCGACCCUGACAUCAUGGAGAAACUGGAUGCCCUGGAGAAGGAGGAGGAGCUGAGAGAGGCGGCUGGUUUCUAUGCCGACGACGAGAGUGAAGAAGAUGAGGAGAUGAUGGAAAUUCGAGAGAAAGCCGGCAGGAUCCGAGAGAAGAAGGGCAUCAUGAUGAUGGCGUCCCUGGAACAGAAGGGGGCCAACAGGUCCCGACUGCCCCGUACAGGGAAGAAGGUGGACAAGAGUCGCCUGGAGUCUGAGAUGGAGGCGCUCGGGGUCGUGAUUGACAACAAGUCAGAGACACAUUAUGCCCGCAACAGAACAAGAAGUGCUAGCCGUAAACCGCUCAAGAGGAAACGAGAUGAAUUUGAAGAUCCGAGCAGAAGCAGGUCAAGGUCAAGAGCACGUGACCUGUCUGGAGUCCGAGAUACAGCGAUGGUCACCAAGAUUCGCAAGAUAGCCAGGAAGGCCCAGAAACCCAGGGCCCACCAGGCCAAGAAGGGAGAGGGAGACCGUGUGAUCCUCAACAUGAUGCCCAAACAUUUGUACUCCGGCAAACGCAAGAUGGGGAAGACCAGCCACAGAUAACCUGCCCCUGCCUCAUUCACAGACACCUGGUGUCGCAGGCUGAACAUCACGUUUACCUGUCAUCCUUCAAAAUAUGAUUGAUCAAUAAUUGAAACAUUGCCAGUGAACAGUGUUGCACCUAGGUGCAUAUUUACAGGAGUGUUAUUAGAUACGAACACAUUUAUGUUUCCCUGGGCCAUUUAUAAAAAAAAUAAAUAAAAUAGCUGGUAGAUGUACAGACAUGUUGAUGUAUACUGCCUUCACUAGGAUGUUAGACUCGCAUGAAAAUAUGGACACAGGGAAGCAAUCAUUUGAUUAAUAGUCCUGGUCGACAAGGCCACCUUCAGGCAGGUCCUAGCUGCAACACUGCGAGGAACACGUCAAACCUCCCCCUGAACGUGGAGGCAGGAUGAUGAUGAUGAUGAUGAUGGAGGUCUGCCAUCCUGAAGCCCAAAUCAAGACAUUUCUACUGGUGCAGCCAACCAGCUGUGGGCAAUCUGUACAAGCUGAACCAGGUUUGGGCUGGAGGAUGGAAUGGUCUCUGGUCUUCAUUAUGUGAUAUUUUUUGUUGAAGGAAUGUUGUGAGAUUUGUUACGGACUGGUUGAUGAGUAUGUUACGGAAACAAACCUUGACGUAUCACACUGAGUGAUGUGUGGUACAUAGCGUAUCACGCCAUGUGAUGUGUUGUACUAUGUGUAUCACGCCAUGUGAUGUGUGGUACAUAGCGUAUCCGCCAUGCCAUGUGAUGUGUGGUACAUAGUGUAUCACGCCGUGUGAUGUGUGGUACAUAGUGUAUCAUGCCAUGUGAUGUGUGGUACAUAGCGUAUCUCACCCUGUGAUGUGUGGUACAAAGUGUAUCAUGCCAUGUGAUGUGUGGUACACAGUGUAUCACGCCAUAUGAUGUGUGGUACAUAGUAGUGUAUCAUGCCAUGUGAUGUGUGGUACAUAGUCUGUCACACUUAGUGAUGUGUGGUACUUUGUGUAUCACGCCAUGUGAUGUGUGGUACAAAGUGUCUUCACAAUGUCAUUGUAGACAUGGUCAUAUCAUAUACAGUAAUAUUGCCGGAUAGUGCUGUGUUACAGCACAUGCAGUGCUGUGUAAUUACACCCAUGUCAUCUGAGCUGUUUGCUGGGUCAGGAAUAAACGGUUAUAUGAGAACA